AUGAGCGACGGCAAAGCGCUCGACAUAGUGGUGCCUGAGGUCGGCACUCGUGCCCCGAGGGUCAACGGAGACAUAGCCGACUUCCUGGCCAACCAUCCGGACCUCGAACUCGGCGGCGCCCAAGGGUACACCAUAGAACGCCGGAAGCACAUGGAGGUAUUUGCCCUCCACAGGCUCCCAAAGUUCAAGGUUAAUCCCAUCCGCGCUGUCGAGUUCACCGCCAUCCGAGGGCCCCACGGGACCAUCCCGAUCCGGGUCCUGUAUCCCGACAACGGGGAGCCCAGGAGGGGAGAGGGCAAGAUGGGGGGCAUCAUCUACUUUCACGGCGGCGGCUAUUGCACCGGGAGCGUGGACGAGUUCGAGAACGGCUUGAGGCUCCUCGCCGAGGAGUCGGCCUGCAUCAUCUUCGCCCCCGACUACCGGCUGGCACCCGAGUUCCCCUAUCCCACGCAGCUGGACGAGUUCGACGCCGUGAUCGACUGGGUGCUGGACGGGGCGGCCCAGCAGAGGGGGGUUGACCGUACGCGCCUGGUCGCGGCCGGGGACGGCGCCGGCGGGAGCCUGGCGACGGCCGUCUGCAUGCGCCGGCGCGACGAGGGCAAGCACCCGGUGGCCGCCCAGGUGCUGCUGUAUCCGGCGACCAGCCUGCCGACCGACACCCCCGCCGCCGAGGAGAACCGGGCGGGCUUCUACCUGCAGUUCAACGGCAUCUUUGGCUUCGCCGACCACUACCUACCCCAUACCAUCAGCGGCCCCUCGCCGACCUUCAUGUACGUCGCCCCCGGGAAGCAGCCGUGCGCGGCUCUGGCGUCCCUGCCGCCGGCGGCCGUCGUGACCAACGGGUACGACCCGCUGCGGGACGUCGGGCUCGCCUACGCGGGCAAGCUGCGCGCCGUCGGCGGGCUCGCCCGCUGGCGCCACUAUGCCGACCUCACCCACGCCUGGCUGCAGAUGACGGCCUGGUCCGCCGCCGCCCGCGACGCCGCCCGAGACGUCGGUCUCAUCGUCAGGGACAUGCUGUACGGGCAGUCUGAUUGA